CCCUGUGUCCCCCCCCUUCCUGCCCCAGUGGCCCCCCCAGGAGGAGGAAGAAGAGGAGGAGGAGGAGGAGGAGGAGUUGGAGUUGGAGGAGGAGGAGGAAUGGCGGCACCGUGGCGGGUACUGGAGCCCGCCCAAAAAUCCAUAAAAAUUUACUGAUCCCACCUUUUCUUACCCCAAACGAGCUUUACCUGGGCGAGAAGUAAGGCCAAAGGCUCCCACAGCAUGGCUCAGGCGAGUCUCCUGGCCUGCGAGGGGCUCUCGGGCGUGUGCCUCGUCCCCACCGUCGCCAGCAAGAAGAUGAUGCCCAAAUCCGGAGGGAAACAGGACGGGAGCCGGGAACGGGGCUCCAGCCCCGACCUCCUGUCCCUCCGCCAGGACCCCGACAAGCCCCGUGCCCGCAAGGACGACGACGCUCCCGAGGCCUCCAACCCCAAGAAAUCCAUGAAAAAGCGCCGCAAGCGGGUUCCCGGCGCCGAGGGACCCCCCAGCUCCUCCCGCCGAGGAUCCCAGAUGGUGGUGAUUGAGCAAAACGGCUCCUUCCAGCUCAAGAACUUCAUCUGCGACCACUGCUUCGGCGCCUUCCGGAGCAGUUACCACCUCAAACGGCACAUCCUCAUCCACACCGGGGAGAAGCCCUUUGAGUGCGACAUGUGCGACAUGCGCUUCAUCCAGAAGUACCACCUGGAGCGGCACAAGCGGGUGCACAGCGGGGAGAAGCCCUACCAGUGCGAGCGCUGCAUGCAGAGCUUCUCCCGCACGGACCGGCUGCUCCGACACAAGCGCAUGUGCCAAGGCUGCCAGACCAAGACCCCGCCCGACUCCCAGCUCCUGCUGUGAAAAUCUGGGAAUCCCGGGAAGUUCGGGGGGUGCGGGAGGGGGGUGUUUCCUCCCGCACCCCUCCAUCACCAUGCUCUGCCUCACCUGGAUUUCUCACCCCCUCUAAGGACGGGGAAGAACCCGAGCGCUGCCAGCAUGAAAAAACUUGGAUCGUUCCUGCCCUCCGGCUUAAAAACUUGGAUUAUGAUCCCAAAAAUCCUCCUGAAAUCUUCAAGUGCCCCCCUCCCCCACCAUCAUUAUAGCCCUGAAUCCACCCCUCCCCCUCUCAGGAAAGACUGGGAACCCCCAAACUGCCCGAAAUCCCAGCGGAUCCAGGAUACCUGUGCACAGGUAGGAGGGUCCCGCUGGCAGCAGCAGCAUCAAUCCCUCUCUUCUUUAGGAAAAGGAGGAAAACUGAAGAUGUUGGGGGGCUGCUUCAGCUUGGGGGGUGCACCCCCAAUACUUUUUUUGGAAAAUAGGAAAAAAAUGAAAUUUGGGAUACCCCCUUGAGCGGCGGAUCCCGUGGGACACUCAGCGGCACUUCCCAUUUCCUCUGAAACUCCUUCAGAUUUUGGGGGGGUUCUACUUCUGUGUGGUUUUGGGGUGCUGUCUAUGCCCCCAUGCCGGGACGUCUGCGCCCUUGGGGGGGUGGCUAGGGCCCCCCAGUUUCCUGGAAAAUGGUGUUCCAAGAGCAAGGAAAACCCCUGGAUCAAGGGUGAGGUGUGGGGGAGGGUAGGAGCAGCCACAAGCCCCCCAAAACCGCGAGUGGGGCCCCUGCUCUCCCCCCAUUUUUAGGGUGUCCCUGUCCCCCAGCACAGACUGCUCCAAGGGGCAAGAGAGAUAAGUUUGGUCUCCCCCAUUUUUGUGCCCUGAACCCCCGUUCUGGGCCUGGAGGAAUUUUGGGGGGGACCCAAAUUUUGGGGACGUCCCCUAAUGACACUUCAAGAAGGACUUUGGCUCUGCUGAGCCCAUUCCCCCAAAUUUGUGGGGCCCAGGGGGGAGCAAUUUGGGGGCUCUGGCAAGGGUUGGGGUGCUGUGGGGGGGCUGGGGGA